GUAGCACAUUAUUGAGGGUAAUUUCCUACAGAGAAUUCGGUCGUUUGCUGUUAUCAUCUAUGCCAAUCAUUUAUGUUCUGAUCUCACCUGCUGAUACUGCUUCCCAAUUUCAAAAUGGCAGGACCAUCCAAAGGCGCAACCUCCUCGACCGGUGAAGCGCCCCCACAGGCCUCUCCGGUAAAGCACUGGCACUGGUGGUUGAUGGUGAUACUGAACAUGUUCUUCCUUAUCGCUGGCCAGACCGCGUCGACGCUCCUAGGGAGAUUCUACUACAACCAAGGCGGCAACAGCAAGUGGAUGUCAACAUUCAUUCAGACUGCCGGUUUCCCGGUGCUGCUUAUUGCCCGAGUUCUUUUCCGCUCAAGGUCGGAAGCGGCUACCAGUAGCCCGGAAGCUUCGACCGCCAAGAUCACUCUGAUCUACAUUGUCCUGGGGCUCAUCAUUGCUGCGGACGACCUGAUGUAUUCCUACGGUCUGCUGUAUCUCCCCGUCUCGACUUACUCGCUCAUCUGUGCUAGCCAGCUGGCCUUCAAUGCUGUCUUCUCGUACGUUCUCAACGCUCAGAAGUUCACCCCCAUGAUAUUCAACUCGGUGACCCUCCUCACAUUUUCCGCUGCGCUCCUUGGAGUGGACGAGGAUUCUGAGGGCUCUGGUGGUGUCUCGCAAGGGAACCAUGUACUGGGUUUCGUGUUGACGCUGGGAGCAUCGGCCACAUACUCGCUGAUUCUCUCCCUCAUGCAAGUUACAUUCGAGAAGGUUAUCAAGAGGGAGACCUUCUCCGUCGUGCUGAACAUGCAGAUUUAUACGGCGCUUGUGGCCACACUGGCUUCUCUUGUAGGGUUGUUUGCAAGUGGUGAGUGGAAGACUCUGGAGGGAGAGAUGCACACGUUCAGCUCAGGGAAGGUGUCCUACGUAAUGACACUGCUAUGGACUGCUAUAUCAUGGCAGAUAGCUUCCGUUGGAGUGGUGGGAUUGAUCUUUGUGGUUUCGUCGCUCUUUUCAAAUGUGAUCAGCACCCUAGCUCUGCCCAUCAUUCCUGUUUUCGCGGUGAUUUUCUUUCAUGACAAAAUGGAUGGAAUAAAGAUUAUAGCUAUGCUGAUGGCCAUCUGGGGAUUUAUUUCGUAUGGCUACCAGUUAUAUGUUGAUGACAAGAAGUCUAGGAAGACUUCAGCCAGUGCAGAGGAGAGUUCCUAAUCGCCCGGGUACAUUGUUUCAAGACUGAUGCUCUUACCAAUUUAAUUCCUUGGUACUGAGUGAGGUUAUUUAAUAGGGUUUGUAGUUAGUUCAUCAAAGAAAUACCAUUUUGCACCAUUUUUCUAGGUAUAGAAUUUUAUCUAUUUCUUCUUUUUUCCCUAUGUAACGAUGUAUCAUCAUGGAAAAAAGGCAAAAAUAUUAUAGACAUGCUUUCUGAACUAUGCAUGGUCCAAUAAACAGUUGCUACCCUUUAAGAUCC